AUGCUAUCAUCAGUGGUUCGGCAGCUCCCGUACGAAGCGCUUGAUCCAGAAUGGGAAGCACACGAGUUUCAAAAAUUCCGGACAAUUACUGGCACCUCUCAGCAGCAGGUUCCAUAUGGCGCGUAUUUGUUUGGCAGGCUGCUGCAGUCGGAUCUGCACCAAAGUUGUCGACCGGCAUUGCCCCCGGACAUCCAUAAACUCAAUGGCUUUACCAUCGAAGGCAUGUGUAUCUUACAGGUAGUGGACGUAGCAAAUAUUGGUGCCAAUAGCGAACAUCGUACGGAGUUUUCGCCUGCUGGACCAACACGCACACUAAAACUGGGCCUUACAGACGGGCAUCAAUUAGUGUUUGGCUUUGAAUUCUCUUCGCUGCCGCAGUUUAGUGUUAACAUACGACGUGGUACCAAACUUGUCGUGGAGAAUGUACCUGUAAGGCAUGGACUACUCCUGUUGGCACCCGACAAUUGUCAGCUAUUAGAGGUAUCGUUCGACCAUUCGCGGCGCGGUAAUGGACAUGUUCAACAACAAGCAGAAUCAGAGGAAGUGGAUGCUGGAGUGUACUCUGCAGCCCUUGUGACUUCGCAAUUUCACAUUUCACAACACCAAAUGCCCCCAAGUCCACGAGCAAGUACGCAACAGGCUGCUAAAUUGCCGGUCACGACGACUAGAGCACCCGACAGUACUUCUCGGGCACAAAUGGAAAUCACAAAUGUAACUACACCGUCAGGGCUAGCACCUUUGCGUCACAUGAACACGAGUAAGAGCAACGUAGCUGCCAGCACUGUACCUAGUGCUUCCGAUCCCCCCGUAUUUGUAGAUGAACAUCUAUCAGAUGAAGAUAUGGAUAGCGAUACUACCGACCCAAUGGUACAACAUCUUUUCUACAGCCCAAAGACUCUUCGGCAGCUUGAUAUAAAGACUGCACAAGUUGAUAGUGGGAAGGUUUCCACCACAAAACGGCCUCGGUCGCCGUCAUUGGAGCAAGAAGUGAAAGCUGGACCUCCUUUACAGCAAAAUUCAACUCGAUGUAUCGGCGCAACGGGUGGUGUGUUUGCACAUGAUAUGAGCUUUUCCCUGUUGGAUCGAGCUACAACAACAGCUACCACAUGUGCACCGCUGGAUCCAGCGCAACCAUUUCAGUAUUUUAAAGCAAGACUGUCCACGCUAUCCAAACAAUCAACAUCAUUUCAAAUUCGCGCGUGCAUUAAGUCUGUCGUGGGGUUUCAAUUCAACACUGGCCGAUACCAGCUACGAGUUCUGGUGGAGGAUUGCACUGAAACGAAUGAAGCGGACGUGGCCGAAGACUUUGUAACGCGACUCAUGGGUGUAUCCUGCUCUGAAUUCCUGCAAACCAUGCAAACAAAGAUGCAAGUUGCGCACGGAUGGGCGGCGACAAUGCAGUUCGCACUCAUGAACCUCGAAGGAGUCAUGACGUUUGAGUCUAGGGAAGCAACACCAACGCUGAAAACAUCGCCGCUAUUGCUACUCAAUUGUCGCGAUUUCCAGGUGGCUGAUACUCGCCAGCUGCUGCAGCGAGUAAAAGCUUCGCAGACUAAUGCACCUCGAUUAUGA